AAAACGAACAACCAAAUUAUCUAUCUAUCUUUAAAAGAGGAUUGCAUUCCACUAAUCGUGAAAAUAGCGCUAGAACAACUACUACUAAUAUUAGCACAGAUAGCACAAUUACUCUUACUACCACAAACAUCACAGAACUCAAAUACCAAGCAAACAUAAGGCUACACACAUAUACAACUUGAAAACAUAAAACGGACAUGGCCCUGAAAAGCAAAGUGGUAAUAUAAUCCAACAAAUCAAACCAGCCAACCAAAACCCAAACCCAAGAAUGAUAGAAAAUAUAAUAACAGCACAGUAGGGAGGAAGAGGUCUACCUAAAAAACCCAAAUCACUUUAGAUAGAUAGCCCUCUAGUAGAUUUGCACGAAAUUCAAAACGAACAACCAAAUUAUCUAUCUAUCUUUAAAGGCUUUCCUUCGAUUCAACGAAAAAGAAAGAAAUGAUAGCUGAAUGUGGAUAUACAAGUUUAAGGUCUAGUCUACAGUUUUCAUGUUAGUACAGAUUUUCACCCACUCAAUUCUUCGGAUAAUAAUUUCUGUCAGCCUGCGGAGGAAUCAAUCAAUUAAACUAAAAAAAAAUCAUUUAUCGCAUUCUAAGCAGAGAAUGAAAAGUUCUAGAUUUGUUUAAUAGACUAAUCUCGUAUGUCCAUUGUUCUAAUACUUUGUAAGAAUCCCAAAUGUUACUUCGAUUUCUACAGUUUUAAACAGUGUAGCAUUCUGUUAUAAUUCAGAAGAGACUUGCGCAACUCUUUAUUGCUAGAAUGUUGGAGGUUUUUAAGCUUCUCAGCGGCUUGAGUCACGUGAGAGCGGGCAGCGGGUACGGUAAACUGCAGGUGAGAACACAGACUGACUAGUGGAGCAUGUGCGCGUUAGAUCGCACUUGGAGUUAGAAAGCUACUGGAAACAAGUAGGAACCACAUGUGUGUAACCUUGUUAAAUCCAUGUGUAGAAUGGCGCCUUCUUGGCGGUUAUCCCGUACCUUGAUAAGACGGUAGUAAACAAAAUGAAAAAUUAAUCUGGUUGGAACACCUUACACCACUUUAAAGCUUCAAACGCCGGCCGCUAGUCGGGGUAUUCAUCGUCAAAUUUCCCGUGAAGUUCUAGGGCCUGCCGGAGGGAUUGCCCAGUACCCCACUGAACUUAGUAGAAGAGGGAUGUACGUGUCCAAAGAAUUUAUGGUAGCCCUCGUGUGUCUGGUGGCAGCCCUAGUACAGUCUCAGAACCAUGGCCCGAGGCGACAAGACGCACUGCCAAUAAACACUUGUCCGCAAUGUCUGACGGUAUCCGACCGGCACGUGAGUGAGCAGCUGAAGCUCGAGGCUAUCAAACAGCAGAUUCUUUCUAAACUAAACUUACACGAGCGACCCAACAUGACAGUUCCCGUACCACGGGAAGUUGUUCUAGAGGCCCUCCAGCGGAGCUCGGGCCAUCUGUUUCUGGAGGUGCUGCCUCAGGACCAACCGGUGGAAGAAACAGUUCAAGACCAGGAGCAGGAAAAGCACGAAGAGUAUUAUGGCAAGACCUCGGAAAUCAUUGUCUUUUCCGAACCAGGUGAGAGACUGAAUGAAAAUAUUCUGCUAGACUUCUACCAUCCCCAAAGCCGCUCCCAACGGCUUCGUGUGGCUUCCGCAAAUUUAUGGAUUCAACUUCGCCAAAAAUUUCCUACAGCUUCAGAUGAGACACCACCCAGAAAUAAUCUAACGUUAUAUGUAUUCCAGGUGGAUCGUACCCCAAACAGUACUGUGAAUACCCUGAGAUGGCUACAAUCCCACGAUGUUGAUUCGUCUGAAUUUGGAUGGCAGAGGUUCAACUUACUCCUUCCGGUACGAGAAUGGUUUUCUAAGCCAGAAAGUAAAAAGUUAACCCUUCUUGUUGACUGUAGCGGUUGUGGCUCGACUGUAGAACCGGUUCUUUUCACUGGUGUUAACACGAUCGGAAGGAGAGGUCAUCGAAGAAGACACCACCAUUCUCAUAGGCAUCACCAUCCGUCCGGUAUCAGGCCCUUCUUAUCAUUAACUACAGAACCCAUACCUCGACGGAGAACUAGGAGAUACGCUCUCACGUGUAACGCUCACACCACUCAGUGCUGUAAACGAAGCCUCUGGGUUAGUUUCAAACAGCUGAACUGGGAUGAUUGGAUCAUGUGGCCCAGAGGAUACAGCGCUAAUUAUUGCGUAGGGGAAUGUGGUGGAUCACCACGGACGCCCGACUUGUUUCCGGAUCGCUAUUAUUAUUCUCAAGUUUUAGAUGAAUACCGUCGGAAAAAUCCAUUUGCAUCCAUCACUCCUUGUUGUGCUCCAACAAAGUUAACAAAAAUGUCGAUAGUGUAUAUUGACGGAGACCGAAACAUCUACAAGGCCGAUCUUCCAAAUAUGAAAGUGGAGGAAUGUGGCUGCACAUAGUAAUAACAGUAAAUAGCUUGAAAAUCCGUCCUAGUGUAGUGUCGAUAAAUUGAAAGGUAAUAACCUGAAAGAUUUCUGGUUCGUUUUUCGGUUCCAAAAAAUAAAAGUGAUAUUAUAUUUUGCUGAGCUAGAGUAGGUCAGAGGCCAAUCUCAGCUCUGGUUGCGGGUGAUUUUGAAUAUUUGAAUUAGUCCAAGACCUACUGUGAUAGCUUGUGGUGCCUUUAUUUUAAACAUGAUAAAAAAUUCUGUUAAUCUCCAAUGCUACGUUUUUGCUCGCAUUUCUGUUCAUGGUAUAAGGUCUAACAAAUUCAGAAUUUUGCCUUUGCUUAAAGAGGCCAGUAAAUUCUUAUAUUUGAACUUCUCGUUAUAACUGUACUCAAAAAUAAAUGGCUUAUUUAGUAUUAUGCAUUCAAAUGAAAGCCCGACAAUCAUGAAAUAUUUUUUCUUAAGAUAUAUUAAAAAUGUUUUAUUUGAUCAUGGCAUCGCUGAUAAUUAGUAACUCAAAGUCAGAACAGGAAACUUACUAUAUAUCGUUAAUUACUAAGCUGGUUAAGAUAUAUACAAACUUAAGCAAAGAGAGUCUUAAAACAGAUUAUGAACCUAGAGAGAAAAAGUCCUACUAUUUGAAAUUUCUUUUAAAUUUGUAAUGUUCACAGCUAAUGUUAGUUAUGUUGCCUGCGUGAAUCUGUUAUCGAAAGUUAUUACAAGUGUCUUAGUAAGACAAUUUCCAUUCUAGGUCACCUAACGGCACAAUAUUUAGAAUCUUAUUAAUAAGUAAGACGAAGAAAUCAGAUAUUGAAUAUUAGAAAUUCUUAUGAUCAGUAAUGAUCAUAAUUACUGAUCAGUUUAUGAUCAGUAAUUAUUGCAAAACAAAAACAAUUAAGACUGUGGAAUAAUUUUAGAUCAAAACUUAGCAUUGCUGUAGAAUACACCACCUAAUAUCUUGCACUACACUCAUCAAAUAUACAAUAAAUCAUUUAACUUAUAAUCAAUACCUCUAAAGUAGAUCAUUUAACAAAGAGAGAUUUAUAAGUUUAGUUUUGGAUUAAUAUUAAUUUGUAAUAGUUAAAAAAUCGGUAUGUUUAUAUAUAUAUAUAUA